AUGCUGACUAUUCAUACUUUGUGUGUGCAAAACCAUGAAAAAACCUGGAAGUCACAACCAACUAGCGGAAAAAACAACACCCCUAUAUUAAAUUUGCUAAUACCAGCAGCAAUCGUAUGUACAGGGGGGGCUUUUCAAGAGUUUUCUAACUUUGCAGAUGCUUUACAGCUUAAAUUCAUUGGAAAAUCUUGUUUCUUUAAAAUGCAAAACAAUAUUAUAUUGCCAGUUAUCAACAAACAGUACAAAGCACAACAACAGAAUGUAAUCAUGGAUGUAAAACAAGGAAUGCCUCUCAAUUUAUGUGGUGAUGGAAGGUCAGACAGCCCGGGUCAUACUGCCAAAUACGGUACUUACAGUUUGAUGGAUGAGAAUUCAGGUCAGAUUCUAGACUUUUCCCUAGUUCAUGUUUCCGAAGUCUCAUCUUCUAAUGCAAUGGAGUUCGAAGGCUGCAAGAGGUCCCUGAACACUCUCACAAAAAAGAAAAUUUCAAUUAGAUGCUUGACAACAGACCGCCAUACUCAAAUUACUGCACAGUUAGCCAAAAACUAUCAAUCCAUCAAACAUCAAUAUGAUGUUUGGCAUUUAGCUAAGUGGGUGGUGAAAAAGCUAACUAAAAAGGCUAAAACUAAAGCGAAUUUAGAACUUAAGCCAUGGAUACGAAGUAUAUCAAACCAUUUGUGGUGGAGCGCCAAAGAGUGUGGUGGUGAUGCUGAUGUUCUAGUGAACAACUGGGUAUCCAUUGUCAAUCAUAUAGCUGACAAACAUACUUGGAAGGAAGGCAAGAAAACAGUGUCUUGCAAGCACCCAAAGCUU